AUGGUGGAAUAUCCAGAAACAACAAAUGCAACAGAUCAUGGAACACCUGAUUCAUCAUCAUCAGAAGAGCUAAAUGAAAUACUAUUUCGUUCCGCUCCGACGACAAUUCCAUCAACUGUAUUCGUGGUCCUAUUUACGAUUACUACACUUCUUUUGGCAUAUAGAGGUUUAAGAACAUUGCGAGCAUUCUAUCUACAACUUUUGCUGUUCUCUCUGACACGUGAUAUUACAUUUAUGUUUCGAUUGGCAUGGUCAGGUAGUCAUCAUGAGGCACAGCAAAUCGCUGUAGCCGCGGCAGCUUUCGAAGUUGCUGGUAAUUUUCUUGUGACAUGGGCGUUAUUCGCAUUACUUGAAGAUUGGAGAUUAUUUCUAUCAUACGGUACACCAGAAUACAAAAAAGGAAAAAUAUUUUUUAUACUGAUUAAAAUAGCUGUGAUGGGUAUCUCAAUGAUAGCUUUAAUAGCGGCAACCAACGAACACAGCGACAAAAUGGAAGACUAUAAUCUCGGGGUUCUACUAAGGAAAAUCUCAAUUAUUGGAUUCACUGCAAUCCUACUUCUAAUUCUCGGCUUGAUUCCAUAUUACGCGCUCACGAUCAGAGCUGUAUACCAUCAUACCGGGAUUCGAGAUAAAGUGGUAUUACCGUUAUUUCUGGGUCCGUUAUUACUGUUAAUUGGACGCCUGUAUCAGAUAACACUGUAUUUUUCGCCGAAGAUGUCAGCUGUGGUUCGUAAUCAGUGGUGGUAUUAUUUGUUUGCGACUACACCGGAAGUGCUGGUGUGUUAUAUGUAUGGGUUGAUCGAUUUUGAAAAGAAUUUUUAUUCGAGGCAUGAUGCGCUUUUAAGUGAGGAAGGACAUAAAGAAGGGGGUGAAGAAGAUAAAGACAAGGUCACAGCUUCAGAAUUUUUGUUACAGCAUUACUCACCCGAUGUCUCAGAAUUCCUACAUUGGGAAGAUUCCUUAUCAGCUGAAGAAACUUUCUUCGAUAAUUCAUGCGAACAGUGGAAGUCCCUUUUUACAAUGGCCGUAUUGGCCUAG